AUGGCCAGAGAAAUCGCCCAAGGUCACCUGAGCAAGCGCCGUGGGAAGCUAGCUGUCGGUGUGUGCGCCCAUCACUCCAUUCGCCAACCGGUCCAGGAUGUCGUCCAGCCUCGGACGGGUCCGGAUAUCAAACUCUUUGACCUCGACCUCGAGCCAGGUCAUGUGCGGGAGGCGCCUUGUCGCAACAAGAACAUCGCCACUGUUCCAGCCUCAAGUGAUUCUCAGCAGUGGGUUGCCUCUCGCAUACUUGAAAGUUAUCGAGAAUAA